AUGUCAUCCAAGCCAAUUUCAGGUCGCAUAAGUCCUACAAUUUUAAAGCCAAACCCAAUUAAAAAUCUAUCACAAAAAGGCAAUGUAAAAUCAUCUCAAAAUUCUGAUCAUAUCAGCUCUAUGAAUAACCAAAGAAUUAACACCUCGCAUUCUCGACAUCGGGUUUUCCAGUUUCCAAAAACUCCUUAUCAAAGCAAUUCUUGAAAAACAGGGAAAUAUUACACUAAUUCAGGGAUUUAUAACGCAAAUGUCACAAAAACUAAUUCGUAUACUACGCUACCUUCAAAUACAACUCGAACUGAGAGCAGAAGUUCUUAUUUAAGUCAAAAUUUUUCAUCAGCUUCAUUUGACUUGCCAAGGAUCCAAGAAAAGAGUUAUCAUGCCAAUAAAGAGUCAACAGAAGGGUGAAACCCACUUGUGAGGAAAAAUUCUAUGAUAAAUUACCAUAGCAGCGAUUAUAAUCCAAUAACCCUUGCUAGUGUCCCACCUCGUCCUCCAACUACUACUUCUCAUAGACAAGGAGGUUUUUGUGAAUAUCUAGACCAUUGCAAGCUCAAUAACAAAAAACUUGACAAUAAUUACCAAGAAACACUUAAAGCUAACCCCCGAGCCUUUUUCAAAAAAUCAGGAGAAUUUACUGAACACAACGUAAACUGUCUAAAAUUAGGAGGGGUUGGACCGUUUUAUACACCUCCAACUCUGCUUAAAAACAAGUAA